GUAUUUUAUACGGUAUAGUAACAAUGUUGAAGUUUUCGAUUGGUUUUGUGAUCAUAAGUUUUAGUCACACAUCUGUCUACUGAUGCUACUACGAUUGCUUAAUGGACGACGCAAGCGAUACUGGUGGCUCACUUUGGCCUUCCAGUAGCACGCACAUCGAAAGAUGGGUGCUGCCUUCCUUAUCGCAUUUAAACAGUUUACGAGAAAAUGGAUUUAACCGUGCUCUAGAACGGAUUCGUUCCACCAAGAAUGAUGUGAAACUACCAACGUUUGAAGAAGAGCUGUGGUUACUUCGUUUUUACACAAUUCAGUUAUCGCGAUUUAUUGCUGCUAACCAUAUGAAGGACUGCGUGAAGGAAACGGCUCUGGCAUAUUUUAAUCGUUUCUAUCUACGCCGAUCUAUGCUUGAGCAUGAUCCUCGUGUUAUAAUGUUUUCAUGCGUAACAUUGGCCAUAAAGUUGGAGGACGUGUGGCGCAAUUAUUAUAUAGACAAGCUGCUGGGUGCUGUCGACGGGCUUAACGUCUUGCGUGUAUUCGAGCAGGAGUCCACUGUAUGUGAUGCCCUGGACUUCAACUUUUUGAUAAUUCACACAUCUGAUACCAUGCACGUGCUACGGAUGCGGUGUAUUGAGUACAUCAAGGAGACUUUAGGCAUUGACGAUAUUAUUAUGGGCGAGCAUUUAGGGAUCCUUCUUUCGGUUUGCACUGCCGCUGAGAAGGAUUGUGUAGUCAUGCACGAAGUUCCAGAGCUCAUUUUUGUUUAUACUCCUACUCAACUAGCAGUGGGUGCCUUUUCACGUCAUUGCAAAGCUAAGCUUGGCAGUUUGAUUUCUUUUGAUGGGUUCCUCCUCAAGAAGCUACUUAAGGACGACCGAUCCAAGCUAACAUUGCUUACUGAUACCAUUAAUCGCAUCGUGGAAUGCUACGAUAAGCACUUUGCUUCGCGUUCAGCACUCGAAAAUGAGCAGCAGAAGGCUGGUGAGAUUCUUGACAUGUAUCUUGCCAUAUAUAGCGACACUAAAUAAAAC